UGCUGGCAUCUUGUUUCCCCUCACACUUAACAGAGGUCUGGAUCACAUUUAGAACACAUGUUACUGCUCUUUGGCUGUGUGCGUUUCGACAAGUCCAGAGGCUACAGACACUGAUCAGGGAUUUAAGUGGACUUGAUCACUUGUCAGACAGACAUUUAAAGAGGAAGACGGGGAACACACAAGCAAAUAAAAAGGCAGCGGGACCAGCAGGGCUGACACCAACACAGACAAACUAAGCUUCUCAAAGCUUUUUUAGUGUUCGCCCACAUCUAAGAGGAAGAAAUUGUGCGGCUACUUUUAAACCUGUGGGUUUUUUUUUUUCUACAAGGAUUUACAAGAGAGAACUGACGACUGGCAGAGAGGACGUUAUACUUAAAUGCUGGUAUAUUGUGACCUCUGAAAUUAGCAGGAAGACAGAAGUCAGCAGAGUUUCAGGAAGUGGGAAAAGAAGAAAAGAGUGUGAACAGUUUGUUUAGAUUUUCCAGCUAGAGGCUCUGAAAUAUCUCAAAGGCCUUCAAUCAGUUUGGACAGAAGAGACAGUGUGUCGGUUGAGACAAUUUAAAAGGAAAGUUUUGUCUUGUUUCAUUUCAAGCUUCUGGACACCCUGCUCUCUGCAUCAAAGCUUCUGCAGUAAGAGGUGCAUGUUUUAAAGCCUCCUCCAUUUGGCGUGUCUGGGUCUCCGUGACAGGUUACGUCUGGCUUAGACACACACACACACACACACACACACUUUCUACAGUGCAGCUGUAAGAUCAAGAGUUUGUGUUGCACAUACCGGCGCUGAGAAUCUCAGUGUGUGUGUGUGUGGUCUGAGGCACUCAGCUGGUCUGGGAAACUGAGUCAGCCUUGUACUGCUCUUGUACUGUUGAGGGUUUCUCAGAAGAAGAGAGCGGAGCCAAGGGAUGAAGAUGAAGAUGAGCGGGGCUCUGUGCAGACUCUCCUGCUUGGUCACUCUGGUGGUGGAGCUGAGCUGGAUACACGUUGGAUACAGCAUGCAUAGAGAGGCAGGAAGCAGGGUAAUGAAGCAGUGGGAGAGGAAGGUACGCUCAGCCUCCAGCUUGGACGAACUGCUGAUGCUCGCAGACUUUCCCGACUGGAAGUUAUGGAAGUGUCGUCUGAGUCUGCAGCAGCCGGAGAACCUCUCCUCCCAACCUUCAGCCGGCUCACACCGCUCCACACGAUACGCUGCUGAGUCUUACAGCCUGGAGAUACUAAAAGCCAUAGAUGAAGAGUGGCAGAGGACUCAGUGCAUGCCGAGGGAAACCUGUGUCGAUGUGGCCAAGGAGCUGGGCACAGACCCCUCAAUGUUCUUCAAGCCCCCCUGUGUGUCCGUCUACAGGUGCAGUGGCUGCUGCAACCAAGAGGGUGUCACCUGCAGAAACACAACGAUUGAAUAUGUGAAUAAAACUGUCCUUAGUGUAAUUCCAUUUAAGUUUGUACCAGAACCAGUGCUAAUAAAAGUAGCUAAUCACACAGAGUGCAGAUGCAUGGAGCCCGCCAUAAUACGCCGUAAUGCUCAACCUGGCAGCAGCAGCGGCUGCUCUCCAAUGAGCCAGCUGUCAGACGCAGAGGACUUGAGGAGACUUUGUGCCAGUGGGUUGAUUUGGGAUUGUUCAACAGACAGAUGCAUACCCUACCCUUCCAGUGCACCAGAGAUUCCACUCGGCUCCUGGAUGCCCGACUGUGAGAUCGACGUCGAUCGCUGUGACUGUCUUCCUAGAACUGCGCCAACCACCCAGACAAGACCAAUCCAUCGCUGUCAUCUCAACUCUUCCAUCUGCGCCCACAGGCAUCAGCGUUUUGAUCACAACUCCUGCAGAUGCAGAUGGCCCAAGUAGAAGUCCACCGGGGAAAUACAUUUCGACAACCUGCUCGCAAAGGAUGUUUGUGUGUUUGAAGGCAGAGAAAAAAACGUAUAAUUUAUUUACAGUCCUAUUUAUGUUGAUCGCUUUAACUAAUUAAAAUUACCUUAAUUAACUCACACGACAAUGUUAAUUGAUUUUUUUUUUAACAUGACUGCUUUUUGUUCCAAUCAAUUUGAAACAUUUUAUGAUUUGUACAUUUGUUCUUUGUGCACUGAAUUUGUAGUUUAUAUUAAAGAUUAUUUUUAUAUCAUUUGAA